AACACCUCACACCGAGCAGCAGCUACUCCACAGAGACACAUCCAUACCUCCCCCUCAUUUAUUUAUUUAUUCACUAUUUGUUUUUGGACUAUUUAUUCUGUCUCUGUCCAAGAUGAACGGGGUGACGAGGAGUCUGUGCACAUUUGAAGACAUCAGAAAUCAAGAAUAUGCAGAGCAGUGCAGGGGACUGCGGCUCACGCUGCACGACCAGAACGAGGCCGUCAGGAGCACAGAGCAGCACAGAGACAAGCCAAUUGGACGAGCUUUUGCACUUGUGCAACCGGCUAGCGACAGAACAACUGUGAACCCCGAACCGGUGAAGUCGACAGAGGAGCAGGUGGAGAUCAUCAAGGUUUAUCUGGAGGCCAACAGACAGCAGCAGCAGAAGCAGCAGCAGAGCCUGAAGAUGCUGUCAGAUGAAGUAUCACAGAUACAGGAGGUGAGGUAUUGCCUGAAGAGUCUGAGGGAGCAGAUGGCGAUCAAACACAAGCCAAACAUAAAUGGGUGGAAGGUUGGAAUCCCCUUCAGGAAGAAUGGCUCGUCCACCCCCAAAGGAGGAGCCAAAGCUGACACGCAGGAUGCAGAUGACGAAGAAGAGAGAAAUAAACUGCGAGAAGUCAGUAAGCGUCUAUAUGCACAGCUGCAAGAAGCAGAAAAGAAGCACAUGGAUGAGAAAGAGAAACUGCAGGCUGAGGGCAGCAGGCUCAGGGAACAUCUGAGCAACCAGGAGGAGAAGUUGCGGGUUACAAAAGAAGACAGUGAAGAGAAAGAUACGCGCAUAGAAGAGCUCCAGAGGCUGCUGGGAGGAAUGGAGCAGGAGAGCGCCACGCUGAGGGAGGCAAUCCGCGGCCGUGAGGAUGAACUGCACGAGCUGCGAAAGAUCAGAGAAGAAGGCCACAAUGGAGAGCAAAGGACUCAACAGUUGGAGAAGGAGGUGGCUGUUCUCAAAGAAAAGAUCCACCAUCUGGAUGAUAUGCUGAAAUGCCAGCAGAGGAAAGUCAGGCACAUGAUUGAACAGCUCCAGAACUCUCGCAUGGUGAUCCAGGAGCGAGACCGCGUGAUCAGAGAGCUGGAGGAGAAAGUGGCAUUUUUGGAGGCUGAGAAUCGGGAAAUGCAUGACCAGAUAGACUACUUCCUUGGUGGACAAAGGUCAACUUCAUACCUGUCAUCCGAGCGGAACCCCCAGAUUGUUUACAGUAAACCACUCAAGCCAUCCACGUCCUCCAACAAACCACUCCCUUUGAUCAAAGUCAUCGAGAUCAAGUCAUGAAGAUCCUGCGCAGAGGAAGCAGACCCACCCGGACCAAAGUGAAACAGCAGCUCUACUAAAUAGAAAGAUCAGAGCUGAGCCUUCUUACACUGUCAACUCUGACAAUUCAAUGAAAAGAUUUGGACCAAGCACUCUUUGAAGGAAACAAUGGACAGUUUGGCAGCACACAUUGUGCAUGUCUAUAAUGAAUGUACAUAUUGUAUAUCAGCUUAGAUGUAGCUACAGUAGACAAACGGAUGUACAUUUUGUGUUUUACUCGCAAUGCUGCCAAGUGCAUACCAGUGUUUUCUCUGUCCUGCUUGUUUUCAUCACCUGUUUGACCUUUGGGUUUAUGAUGUUGUGGCACAAAACGCAGAGUGACAUAGUUUUUCCAAGUUCAUGACCCAGUGUCAUGACCCAUAAACCUCAUGUAGGGCAAUGUAGUAUCAGCUGACCAAGCUUUCCUGACAGAUCAUGUGAACGACCUUAACCAGAUGAUUUAAAGUGUGUCCUUGUACUCAUCAAUCAUCUCUGACUCUGUUCACUUGUGUGUGAAUGGUAUAACACUCUAAUAUGUAACUGAAGAUUAUCUUGUCAUUAUGUUUGUUGGGUUCGCUGACAUAGUUUUAAAAAACUGACUGGCCUUUAAGCCCCCAUAAUUAGGGCACUUUAUGAAACUUAAUUAAGUACAAAUGAAGACUUUUAGCAUUAUUGCUGUUUCAUUAGUACCGUUAGCAUAUCUUACAUUUCAGUUCCCUGUCAUUGUGUAAAAAGUCUACUUGUAUAUAUUGUCAAUGAAUGGGAUUUGAUUUUUUUUUUAUUUUUUAACUAUUGUCUCCAUUGUAUUUAUUUAUUAAUAACCUUUGACACUUUGAUAAAGGUUUUUUAUUAAGUGCAUCUUAAUCCGUUUUGUGUUUGUUGUUAAUAGAAUAAAUGCUUUAACUUGA